AAAAAAAAAAAGGUUCUUCAUCAAUUAUACUUCGUACUUCGUAUGUAUUAAAGGGUUUCUCUUCUCAUAAUAUAACCAUCGUUGGUUCUAAUAUUUCAUUUUUCACUUAACUAAAAUGCAGCAGAAUUUCAAUUGAAGGACAACAAUUUUUGGGCAUAUCUGAAGACCCAUUUUGAGUUUGAUCAUUAUGUGUCAAAUGUGUUCUAAACAUGGGAAGAAUUGGGUGUGCACUGCAGGUGUUUGAUGAAUUGCCUGACAGAGAUGCUACUUAUUAGUUGAAAUUCGAUGAUCUUAGGUUUCUUAAAGGUGGAAUAGAUCAGUUUGGUACGUGUGGUUUUCGAUAAAUUGCCCGAAAAAGACUAGUUGUCCAGUGUCCUGUAAUUUGAUUGAUGCUUAUUGGAAAUAUGAAAAGUGAGGUUUCUCAGUUUCUCUAGUGUUAUUUGAUAUGAAGUGUAUAAAGAUUUGUGUAUAUAUGUUCAUAAGUAGCCAAUCUUGUGCUAAGAAAGACUUGGGUUUAUUUAGGAAGGUAAUUAGUUCUAAUGAUCAACAUGAUGCUACUGCAUUUCUGCACCUGAUUAUGUUUUUAAAUCGGGUUUCGUAGAGAAAGGCUUGCAACUAGAAUGAAUUAUUUCAAUACAGAUUAGAGAAUGCUAAAGUUGUCAGAAUUUCUUUUAGAAUGAAUAUGGGUGAUCAGAAUUCUAUGAUAUCUAGCCGUCUGGUCUUACAAGUCAUGGCCUCGGACAAGAAGCUAUUGUUGCAUUACCUGUGGAAAAGAUUGUUGUCGUAGCUGUGGCUUAUAGGGCAAUGUUAUUUAAAAAAUAAUGCAAGAAAAGUAUGACAUCAUUCCUAAAUUGAACAUUAUGGAUGCAUGAUUGACUUUAAUCGUGCAUGGUACUUAGAGGAAGAAGCCGUUGAGAUAUGCCUACUGUCAGCAUGGUUGUAGACCUGUAGUUUGAUCCUUGUCAGUGACAUGCUGGUUCGCAAAUUCCUUGUAGGGAAGCAAUGGGUGCUUACUGCUUAGACCAACAAUAUGGCUCUCUAAGAAGAAGUCUAAAAGAUAUGAUUCACAAGCUGAAUAUAGAGGCUUUAAGCCUAAUGUUGCUUUUGGACUUUCUUAUACGUGACAUGAAGACAAAGGGUAUUCCAGUUCAUCUCAGGUCUGCAAUCGUCAGAUUCGUGAGGGAGACAAAGCAAGGCCGGAAUGCUUCCUGAUCUUGUAACGAUUUCUGAUGUUCGUACAGAUAGCUGUAUCCGUUGUUACUGUUAUUCUGGGUUUUGUUUACAAGGCGAUACAACCUCCCCCUCCAAAAGUAUGCGGUUCACCUGGUGGUCCUCCUGUGACUUCACCAAGGAUCAAACUCAGUGAUGGCAGGCAUUUGUCAUAUAGAGAGGCAGGAGUCAACAAAGAUGAGGCUAAGCACAAGAUCAUAGUUAUUCAUGGCUUUGCUAGCUCCAAGGAUCAAAGUCUACCCAUCUCUCAAGUAUGAAUCAACACUAUACGAAGUAUUUCAUCCCCCUCCCUUUAGAGGGCAGGGAUAAAAAGAAAAAAUAUACGAAGUAUUUUCUUUGCUUUAAAUGUGUUCUGUUUUUCAUAAAAUGCAUAGAAGCACUUUUUUUUUAGCUCAAAUAUGCCUAAAUUAAAUAAACAUUUAUAUCCUAAUUGGUAGGAGUGAGUUGUCUGCUUUUAUGAGGAGAAUUGUUAAAUCACCAUGUCCAACAUUUUAGACGAGUGAUAACUUCAGUCAUAAUUUUGUAGUGAAAGAUGGUUCCUGUGAAAGUAUAGGAAGACCUGUGUUCCAAACAUUGCCUAGUUUCAAUUUUUCUUUGACAUUGAUGCCUUUCUUGCACAAUCUAUUGGUUUCCAGGAACUUGCGGAGGAGCUAAAACUAUACUUUCUGUUUUUUGAUAGAGCUAUUAUGGUCGGUUUUUUGACCUGUGUUUUUUUAUUUUGAAUCUCUUCAUCGAGAUAUUAUGGUCGGUUUUGGGACAUGGGAAUUUGAUAUCCUGGAUUUAAAAAAUCCUUUCCCUGGCUAUGAAGGUUCAGCUCACAUCUGGCAAGGCUAUGAGGACAAAAUAAUUCCUUUUCAAAUGAAUCGCUAUAUUUCGAAAAAGCUUCCUUGGAUUAAGUAUCAUGAAGUUCCUGAUGGUGGACAUCUGUUCAUCAGUGAUCAGCACAGUUUUGAAUCUAUCUUAAGAGCGCUUCUGUUUGAAUAGUUUCCAUCCUACAUGCCUUUAAUUUGUAUGCAAAUUGUCAAAAACAAAAUUUGUAUGCAAAUUGUCAUUGGUCUGGACUUCCUAAUAAUUGGGAAUAACAUUUUUAAUUAUUUAUACCCCCUUCUGGUGUGAUAUCUGAUCUGAGUGUUUCUUAUUCAAUAAACAUGAUUUAUGCAUACCUAUUCUACUUUUUACAUUUCGCAUGAGAAUGUUUUGAAAUGCUGAUGUAGGGUUUAUAUGAAGUUUUAACUACUGAGAAGAUUUGCCAGUUGCCACAGGUGUGUUUAAAUUUGGUAUACCAGGAGGUUAAGGGGGCAUGCAUGUCAUUUUUUUUUUUUUUUUACAUUUCAUUUAAAUUUGGAAUUCACUCCUUUUUUGUUUUUAAAUCUAUUAUUCAAUGUUAUAACUUAAAAUGCCAAAAGAAGAAUGCACAACUUUACAGAAAGCUGGAGUACUAUCAGACAGAAGCAAGGCAAAUUCAGGUAGUUAAUCAAGCAUGUAGAAGUGAAGAAAGGUGUGGAAAUUUUAUGCGUAAUUUCUUACAUCUAACAUUUAUUCAUUUUUGCUCUACAGACCAUAUUUUAUUUAUUUUUAACCAUGUCUAAGUAUGCAUCUGCUCGUUUACUCAGCUAAAAGGAAUAGCAACCAGAGAAAAUCAUUUUGCAGUUACAUAGUUUCAAUAUUGAGGCAUACCAUGCAUGUAUUAGGAUGUUGCUUGUCAGGACUUCUGAGCUUCUGUUACUUGAAGAAUGCAAACAACUCGCCAACCUGUGUCUCUGGAGUCUGGACAGGUAGGACAGGUAUGUGCCAAAACAUUUUAGCUUUCCUACAUGGAUUUGUACAAUUAUAUGAUAUUGUUCAUGCUUGUUCUGUUGCUUCAUUUUUCCUUUUUUCUAGCAUUUUCAUUGCUGGUAUUGCAGAAAUGUUGAUAGCUGCAAUUUUCACUCUGCUUGUUGCUGGGUAAAUAUAAUAUAUCAGAUGGUAAAACCACCACCUCCAAAAAAAUGUGGUUUAGCUAAUGGUCCCCCUGUUACAUCCCCUAAAAUCAAAAUUGAGUGAUGGAAAGUACUUGGCAUACAAAAUCCGAGGAGCUGCGAAAGAAACUGCUAAAGACGAAUUCUUAAUGAAUUCUGGUUUUCUUGCUCAAAGGACAUUUAUGUACCUAUGUUGGAUGUAAGAACUGAUUUGCCUAAAUUUCACUCAAUUUUUGCAUGCAUUUGCAUGGGAGUAUACAUAUGUUUUAAGAAACCCUGUUAUCUUUUUCUCUAUGUCCUGUGAACAGAAUCAUCUGACUUCUGACAUAUCCAGUUUUGUUGUAUAUAUACGUGUUCCCAUUAUCUUAUUUGAUUAUUUUGGUUCACUAGUAUAAUUAAGCUUUGAUUUCCUGUAUGCAGGAAUGGUUGCAAGAUUUGGGCAUAUAACUAUAUAAGGCAAAACUGCCCCAUCUUACCCCCACAAUAUUUACACUUAUCAACUCACUCUUUUCUAUCCUAUUUUUUCUUACACACACAGACACACUCAACUCUUCUCGAAACAAAAUUUGACAACUAUAAAUGUAACAAGGAGAAGAAAUAGUCAAUGUGCUGUGCAUACAAAAUUUAACUUUUGGGUGGGAAAGUGGUGGUUGGGUCUUCAUCGGUGCUGUUGUCAUGGUCAACCUGGUUGUCAUUGUUUUAGUUUACCUCUUAUUGCUAAUUCCAGUUUAUAGAAAAAAAUAGUUUAUACUGAGACACAGAGUGUCACAUUAGUAUGAUUAAGGUGAACUAAUCAAGGCUUAGUCCAUAACUCUUCAUAAAUCAUAAUAUUAGGGUAAAUUAAAGUAUCUUUUUGAAUAAAUUAAUGUAAAAUUUCUAAAUUGUGUUGAAUAGAAUAUUUGAAGUGACCAAUAAUAUGAGAUGGGGGGUAGUAUUUAUUUUAUUUUACUUUUACUUUCCUCGUCUUUCUAGAUAACAGAACAACAAUUUGGAAUGCAAUGUGCUUUUUUAAUGGAAACUUCAAUUGCAGUUGGUUUCUAGACAUUCAACUCCUCUAUUCCUAGAGAUUAAUAAUCUUAUAUGCCCAGUCAAUGGAAAAUUUAGACACGUUACUACGUUAGUCUUCUCAAAACGUAAUUUAUUAUCUCAAAAGGUGAAUACUUGCCGUUGUAAAAUUAAGAAUUGCUUGUCAUUUGGCAAUAAUAUAAAUAUCAGCACUAGAAUUAAUUUUACCUUAAAUGAAUGCUUUUCCUACUAGAAAUUCAGUUAAAAUUUGUAAAGUGACUUUCAGAAAAGUAUCUGGGAUCCUGAGUCAUCUUCCACUGACAGCAGAUCUCCUGCUCUUGGUUCAUUUUCUGGGUUUUUAGCAUAAAGGUAAUUUUUUUUUUGUUCAUUUCUCCAUAAAAUCUUACUGUUGUUAAUCUGCUUUUAUCUUUUGGGCUGUUUUUGUCCUUGAAUAAGAUUUUGAAUACUGUCAUCUUUGCUCUAUAUGUUUGUUAUUGCUAGGAAUGAAAAUUGUUAAAAAGGGAUAUCUUUCAAUCAUCUCAGACUCUUGAGCUAUCUGCCAGGGAAGGAUAAAACAAUGGAAAAGAAAAAAGACCCUGGUGGAUCUUAAACUAUGAUCAUAUAAUUCUAGUUGUUGAAAGCAGUGAUGAAAUAGUUAAAAGUUUUUUUAACUGAAGAUUAGCCCACAAGUCUAUUUACUUCUACCCUGAAAAUUGAAAUUGAGCAUGCUGUUUAGUAGAGAAUCUAUGUGGCUCUAAUGUUAGUUUCUUUUUCAAGUAAUAUAAAUGAGCAUAUAUGAGUACUAUAUUUGGCUUAUCGCUAUAUAAUUGUAUUCUAUUUGGUAUAUUGGUGCAAUAGAUACACUAAUGUAGUUGGAGACAGAGUUUUGCUUGUGCUCCUAAUAAAUCAAGUGCUACAACUUUCAGUUCUUGGGCCUUCCAUGUAUAUAAGUGAUUUGUGUGUACAGACCUUGAUUUUAAAUUAUAAAUUUUUUUUUGAGUAUAUAACUGUCUUUUUUCUCAACUUAACAUCAUAAUAAUGUGUCCAAAUGUCUGCUUUUGUGAGAGAUAUGGAGUACUUUUUAUCACUUUUGUUGGUCCAUCUAUUAAUCUUUGGAUUUUACCUUGUGAAAUUAUCUCCCUUAAAAGCCAUAUACUAAGGUAAAAGGGUCAUGGGCAGAUACAUAAACUAGAAUGGCAAAAACAGUCUGCUCUCUGAUUUUUGAGUAUUCUGGCAGUGUGUGUUUGUAGUGCCAUUGAAAUUGAUUCAUUGAUUCUUUAUAAUCAAGCUAAAGUGAUUAUUAGUUUUGGAAAAUCAGACCGUGAAUACAUGGCCUAAAUGUAUCAAUAUUUAGUAUUGUUCUACCAUGACCUUAAAUUAAGAUGAUUAGAAUCAUAGUCAUACCCUUUACUCUUGAGAAAACGUCCAGCAUUCUGUAUGGUUUACAGUUGAUUAUACUUUUCCUAAUAAUUUUGGAUGACUUAUGGUUUAUCUGACAUUGAGUGAAUGUCUGGUUCUUUUCUUCAGAUGAUUAUACAGAUAUAUGUAGCCGUUGUUACUGUUCUUUUGGGUUGUAUUUACAAGGCGAUUAAGCCUCCCCCUCCAAAAAUAUGUGGUUCACCUGGUGGUCCUCCUGUGACUUCACCAAGGAUCAAACUCAGUGAUGGCAGGCAUUUGUCAUAUAAGGAGGCAGGAGUCAACAAAGAUGAGGCUAAGCACAAGAUCAUAGUCAUUCAUGGCUUUGGUAGCUCCAAAGAUCAAAGUCUACCCAUCACUCAAGAACUUGUGGAGGAGCUAAAGCUAUAUUUCCUUUUUUAUGAUAGAGCUGGCUAUGGAGAAAGUGAUCCCUAUCCAAAUCGCUCAGUGAAAAGUGAAGCAUAUGAUAUUCAAGAACUCGCUGAUGCAUUGCAGCUAGGAUCAAAGUUUUAUGUCAUUAGUAUCUCCAUGGGUGCUUACCCUGCAUACAGCUGUAUACAUUACAUCCCACACAGAUUGGCUGGAAUCUCCUUGGUUGUUCCAUUUGUCAACUACUGGUGGCCUGGUUUUCCUUGUUCUGGAGAAUGUUUUAGAGGGCUUCGUCUGCAGGACCAAUGGACCUUUCGAGUGGCACGUUAUGCUCCUUGGUUGUUCUACUGGUGGAUGACUCAAAAAUGGUUCCCUUCAUAUAGCCUUAUGUCUGGUGAUCCAUCUAACUUCAGUCGAAGAGAUUUGGAAAUUAUGAGGAACAUGCCACAAGAUCUAGAGGAUAAAAGCCGCCAACAAGGUGAUCAUGAAUCUCUUCAUCGAGAUAUUAUGGUCGGUUAUGGGUCAUGGGAAUUUGAUAUCCUGGAUUUAAAAAAUCCUUUCUCCGGCCAUGGAGGUUCAGCUCACAUCUGGCAAGGCUAUGAGGACAAAAUAGUUCCUUUUCAAAUGAAUCGUUAUAUCUCGAAAAAGCUUCAAUGGAUUAAGUAUCAUGAAGUUCCUGAUGGUGGACAUCUGGUCAUGUGUGAUCAGAGCAUUUUUGAAUCCAUCUUAAGAGCACUUCUGCUUGAAUAGUUUCCAUCCUGUAUGCCUCUAAAUUUUAUGCAAACUGUCAUUAGUCUGGAUUUUGUAAUAAUUGGUAUUAUACCGUAUAACUUUUUAAAAAAAAUUAUUUCUACCCCUACUAUGAAUUUUGAUCUG